CUAGCUCUCCUGAGGGCCACGGGGUGGGCUCCGCGCCUUCGGGGCGUCCCUCAGGGGGAUGGGGACGCUGUGGCGCCCACGGGCCCUGCGUCAGCACCGCCGCGAGCUUCAAAACCCGGCGCCGAGGCGGCCGGGGAGGAAGUGGGAGCCGAGCCCGGCACCAUGUCAGAGCUGGAGCAGCUGCAGCAGCAUGACAUCCCGGCGGGCCGGCAGGUCCUGCGCGAUCACCACUGCAACCUCCACAGGGUCGCCGACUACUGCGAGAGCAACUACCUGCAGGCGAGCGACAAGCGGAAGGCGCUGGAGGAGACGAUGGCGCUGAGCACGCAGUCCCUGGCCAGUGUGACGUACCAGGUCAGCAGCCUGGCCACCGCCUUCCUCCGGCUGCUGGACCUGCAGGCGGCCGAGCUGCGGAAGGUGGAGGCCAAUGUCAGCUGUGUGGCCCAGAAGGUUGACAUGCACAAGGAGAAGGUGUCUCGCCGGGAGAUUGGCUUGUUGACCGUCAGCAAGAGGUUCCCAUCCUACCAGAAGAUCAUGCCCCCCGCCAACCCCCCCUGCCUGGAGCCCUACUACAGGAAACCCCUCAACUUCAGCAUCCUGGAUGACAUUGGCCACGGCAUAAAGGACCACAGCACCCAGCUGUCCCGCACGGGCACCCUGGCUCGGAAGGGGAUCAAGUCGGUGGCGCAGGCUGGAGGCACCCUGGGAAGAAGCACUCGUGUCCCCGAGCCCAUUCAGCCGCCCGUGGUUCCCGAGGGAAAGCUCUCCGCGGCCUCCUCCACCUCCUCGCUGAUAUCCGCCAGCUCGAGCGGAGCCCCGGCAGCACCCAGUGAAGGCACCCCUGUGUCGCCACCGCCGCCGCCACCCUCCAUCCCACCGCCCCCGCCUCUCCCCGGGGACCUGCCACCGCCACUGCCGGCGGAGCUGGCCGUGCCCCCGCUGGACCUUGUGCCCCCAGUCCCCAGUGACCUCGAGCCACUGCCGCCACCGCCAGCUUUGCCUGACUUUGAGGAUUUAGCCCCGCCGCCGCCGCCCGCUGCAGAGGACCCUCCCUGGGCCCCGGAGAGCUACCUGGAAAAGGUGGUGACCAUCUACCCCUACACACAGCAGAAGGACAACGAGCUCUCCUUCCAGCCCGGCACCCUCCUCUUCAUCACGCGGCGGUACUCGGAUGGCUGGUGCGAGGGCGUCAUGGGCGAAGAAGCGGGUUUCUUCCCUGGCAAUUACGUGGAACCCUUCUGAGCACCCAGGGCGUGCAGCCCCCUGCAUCCCCCCCACCCUGGGUCACGCACCUGGAUCGGCCGCGUCCUGCUCCUGCUCGGGCAAGGGCGGCGCUUCGCCUGUGAAUUUUGGCUUUGCACAGCUUGGCCCUUGCGUGGGCAGACAGGCUGGGUGCUGCUGCCGGCACCGCUGCACCCUGGCAGCACCCAGAGCAUCCCCCCGCCUGGCCCUUCUCCCACCUUCCUUUCCUUCGUAUUUUUAACGGCAGCAGCACUGGCAGCUGCUGGCGCAGGGAAGGUUUAGCAUCUGACACCGCAGCGCGCUCGGCUGAUGGAAACACGGUGGGCAGCAUGUUGGGCCCGUGGGCUGAUCCUGGCGAUGCUCCCGGCCCCGUGGGAGGAGCGAGGGCAGCGCCGGCCCAAAGCGCAGGCAAAGGCGAUGGGGCCAAACGCCCGUAGGGACAAGGAGGAGAGCAGCACCCGGCUCAUGGCCCAGGGAACCUGCCUGCUGUCCCCAUCAACUUGAGAUGCAGAGGGGGAUGAGCCAAGGACCCAAUCCUCCACCAAAGGGGUCCCCAUAGUGUCCUCUGCAGAGCAUCGCUUGUAGCCUGGCCUCGCUCCCCCUCCAACGCUGUCACCCGCUUCUCCAGGCCAAGGAAGAGAAACAACAUGUAACACAGAGAGCCAUUUCACACCCAGGUUUAUGUCCUGGAUACAAGCAACUUGUGUACCUGCAAUAUAUAGAUAUACAUCUAUAUACAUCUAUAUGUCGGGUUUUUUUAAUUCCAUGGCUUUAAGUUCCACACAGUUGAACAGGCUCCGGAGGAGGAAGAAGGAAGAACAAAGAGAGGGGAAAUGAAAUAGAGGAGGAACAACUUGGGGCUGCUUUGGUUAUUUCCUUACUGCUCAGGUUUGCUGCCAGCGUUCCUACGCUUUGGAGGAGUUACGAGCCACCCUCAGGGGCCGGUAAGGCUGUGGAUAAAUCCAGGAGAAGCCAACACCAGAGAGCAGCAAAUACUGUAGCCCCCCCUGCAGAGUGCAAUUAGACGGGGCAAUUAAUACUGCAGUGGGGCAAGGGGGCUUGGGGGGGUGGUUUGGCCUCCAGGACCCGAUGCCAGGAGAAGUGCUGCAGCACCACACCUCCCCGGGGGGAGGUUCAGCACCUCUUGACCACAUAGGAGGGAAAUUCCCCCCCCCAGGCUAAGAGCGGAGUCAAUAACAUCCAGCUAACACGAGGAGAUGACUGGUAAUGGCUUGGGGCAAGGAGGAACCUGUCUGCCCCAGGGACAAGGGACAUUUUCUCCUGGAAGCAGAAGCAGAGGAUGGACAUGGAAGGCAAGGGCAGGUCCUCCUCCCCGCAGCAGGAUGCAAUCGCCAUGCCUGGGGCGAGUGGGUGGGGAUGGGCUUGAGGAGGUUUUUUUCCCCGAAGUACCACCUUUCCAAAAAGCGUCCUGUUCCUCAUGUCAUGUUUUUUCAGAGAAGAAAGUCUCAAGGGCCAAGUAAGUCCGUUGCAAGGCUCCGCAGCUGAGCCAGGGGCUGCCCUGCCCAGGCAUGGUGCAGAGGGCAAGCCCGGGAACCUGGGCAGCACAAGUUCCCCCGAUUAAAUUUCCAGUGGCCUGACGAAGAGGCAAGGAGCCCUCGAGCAUCGCGUUCAAGGCAGCAAACACGCGGCUCCCAGCGUGGCCAGCGGCGGUCAGACAGGCGAGGGGGAUGAAGGCAGGAGGAAGCAUGUGCAGGGCCCAGCCUGCAGGGAGCCGGCUUCUGGUCCUUUAGGAAUUGUUCGUGUGAGAUCAAAAGGGAAAGGAAAAGAAGGAAAAAAAACAACAACAAAAAAAAUCACCGUUAGUGUUGGCAAACACCCACGCUGGGUAGAUGUCCGAGCUGCAUAGAGAAGGCUUCGUCGCAACAUGGCGGGGGAAGGAGAAGGGGGGACGUAGAGAAAGUGCUUUAAUCACCGGGGAGAAAGGAGCUCGGAGAGAAAAGGCAGGAAAGCAACCCAGGAGCGGGGGCUGAGCGAGCAGUGCUGAUGAGCGUGGGGUACAGAGCAUGCCCCCCCCCCCGGCUUCUCCCUUCCCAGCCGCUUAGAGUAUGCAAGUCUCUUCUGAGCCAUCCUCAACACUUCUUCUUGAGGACGUCCUGGAGAUAGCGGGCGACCUCUGUAGCCGACUCCCAGGGGACCACAGUGGCCUGGAAGGCUCCAGGCUGCUGCUUCUCCAUCUCUUGGGUCAUCCGGUGCAUGGGGUAGCCCUUCCGUGGGAAAGCCACAUCAGCUGAAGUCAAAGUCACGGAAGGGCAGAAGUCAUUGGCACCAUCUCCCACGUAGAAGACCCUCUCGAACUCCACCUCCUCCUGGGCUCUCUCCGCCAGGUAUUCCGUUAGGAUUUUGCGUUUGCACAUGUUGGCCGGGCAGUCAAGGCACUUGUGGCUGUGGUAGGGCCCCAAGGUGAAGUACCCCUUCUUGUCAAAGCCGGACGGGUUGCUGAAGAUCUUGCGGAAGAGGGAGUAGAAACCGGCUGCCCUCAGAUUGCAUUCUAUGCCGAACAUGUUGGCAUCGGAAAUGAGGAUGAUCUCGAAGAGCUCGUGGUUCUUGGAGAGGAACUGGAAGAGGUCCGGCAUGCCAGGGGACAGGGGGAUGUUCUCAUAGACAGUCUUGAAGUCCCCCAUCUUGACCCCCUGGUCCCCCAUGUAUGCCAGGACGCGCUGCAUGUACUCGUUGUAGAAGCCCUCGCGGAAGGUCUGUCGGAUGUGCUCCGGAAGCGUCUGCCCCGGCGCCGCCCGGACGAUGGAGUCAUCGCUGUUCUCAUUGAUGAUGGUCUCGUCAAAAUCGAAGACAAGGAGGUAUUUGGGAGGCCGGGGGCUGGCCAUACCAACACCCUGCGAGGUGGAAGGAUAACACCCAGCUGUUAAUUCAAGGCACUUUCCUUGGGGCCUGGCACAGUGUUGGUGGCAACCACAGCAGCCAGAGGCUGCCAGCCCUGCAGGGCAAUGCUCCUUGGCUGCCUUACCCCCAGCAGCUUAUUAGCCCAGCUGGGCUUGGGGAGGGAGGCUAAUCUGCCGCUGACAUACCUCAGCCCCGGCCCUAAGGCGUUUACCCUGCCUAUAAAGAGAUCAUUUUGUCACUGCUAAUCCUGUUCCUGCAGUCAAGACGGUCACUGUGCCGAGCUACCGCCACACACGUCCUCCCAAGCGACGCGGGGACAGCACGCACCCUGGGGUGUUUCGUGCAGGGAGGGUCAUCGGGGUGGGGGGUUUACUCCCCAGCCUGCUCCUGUCCCACCUCUGAGAAGGGGUUUGUGUCCCUGCAGACCCCCCUUGCUGCCAAAACAAGUCUGGCUGUUCCCAACAGAGGAAAACAUUUCGCAAGUUGAUUUUUGCUCCAUCACCUGGAUGCAGUUUCCGCCUGGGCCAGGCUCCGCAGGCUCCUGAGAAGCCUGGGAUAACUCAGAACUGCCUCCUGCCCUGCUCCAAAACCAAUGUAAACCCGCUUGGCCAACAGUGCAAAGCUGGUGAGCCCCAGCCCAGGCUCCCAGUGCCCACCUGCUCCCCUCAGCUAAAGCCACGAUGGCCCCAGCAGCACCCACUCACCUCCCUGCUGCUCCUGUGCUGCCAGAGGCCAGAGGGUUGCAGGAUGGGGACCUAAUUCCUGCUCCCUGACCCUGAGAAGAGAGGGGACAGCCCUGCCCAGAGAGGGUAAGACGGGUGAGAAUGGCACUGACCUUAAACAGGCAUGGCAGCCUGACGCCCUCACAGCACCUUUUCAUUUUAAGACCAUCACUCUGCAGGCAGCACGUUGCUGAAGACGGCGCUUAGGGCUUGCCGGGCUGCUCUCCUGGCUGCAAACCACAAAGAAGGGGGAGUUUGGUUAAUGGCUUGGGUGUCCCCCGGCUGCCACCUUCGGGCAGGGCACCAAAUGUCACUGCACGGCCAGGGGCUACGUCCUGCAGCGAGCUCCCAAGCUUGGGACCUUUUGUACCAGGAACAGGGGAAUUAAAGGAGUCUCCGGAGAGCAGGGUGAGUGGGCAGAGCCUAUUUAAUAAUGCUUCUGAUCCCUCUUAAUUCUCCCGAGCGCCCAGGCUUUGCUGCACAUGAAAGCAGCCAGCAGAACAUCUCGGCAAUAAACCCCAGCAACACAUACCCUGUUCCAAAAUUGCCCUGAUUUUCUUCCAGUAUAAUUAGUUUGGGGUAUUUCUUUUAAUGGAGUAAUUCUCCUGGAAUGAAGCUGGGUGCCCACAUGGCUCUGGUGAGGACGUGCGAGUCUGCUGCCCCGGAGCGAAGGCAGAGCCCAGGUUACGUCUCCUGAAUUCUGCCAACCUCUUGUGGUCCACAGUGAUCAAAGCAGAGCGAUGGGAAACCUCAGAAAAACCCACCUUGCAGCCAAACCCCGCUGGAAACUCAGCUGGAUGGUUAGCGGGAGGAAUAACACGCUGGGCCGGGGUAGAUUUUAACUGGGCACCAGUAGCUUGGCUUAGCUGGGGCUAGGAGGAUUUCAAUGAUUUUUUUUUUUUUUUUGUCAUCAGCAUGACAACAGGAAGGGUUUUUCAGCUGAAGGUGAUUUGUGGGAGAUUUGUCUGGUUUGAAGCCCAGUAUCAAACUAUUUUGGGCACAAACGCGAUUCAUGACUCUGCUAAAAUAACAAACCACAACUGCAGCUCAAAGGUGGCCUACUGCAAAAGGAAGCGGGCACUUGAAAUUAAACCCUGGGGUUGAAAUCUUGUAAUAUUGACUUUUUGUGAAGCCUUCAAACCAAACACGCGUCAUUUCUUUGCAGAAGCAUCUGUCAAAAGCUGAUGUUUAUUUAUAGCCACCAUUUGAAGCCAAAUAAUGCUGCAGCCAGCCCAGGAGCGGGAUUAACCACUGCGAUUUUCAGGUCCAAACCAAAAGAAACAGAAAAAAAAAAGAUUAAACAUGAAAGAGAAAUUGUAAUUUUUGUCAUUACAUUCUAAAGAGCUGCCGGCGGUGAGGAAAUAAUCUGGGGCUAAGCCUUAAGGAGAAGUUGCAGUACUGAUGCAGCGGCACAGGGAAAGAGCCCUUGGCCGGCUGGUUAACCCUGUGGAUACCGUUAGGGUAGCUACAGGGGAUGACAUGGACACAGGGCGCUAACCCGCUCCUCAGAAGGCUCUUCUGGGCCCAAUAUCUUUGCAUUUUGCAGAACAAGAAAGGCUAACAGCGCACGUCUUGCAUUUUGGGCAGAUUAGGGCAAACACAGACCUGAGUGGCAACCCUCACACAAUCUAUAGUUCCUUUAGCUGAGGUUCCAUCUAGUCACCCCUCCUGAGUUAGCGUUGUUACGCACAGAAAAAACUGACCUAUGAGCUAGUGAAAAGCCACUUUGUGCUUUUUUUGGGCUUAUUUUAGCUCUGACUCCUUCAAGAGCUGACCAGCAUGAGGUCGGAAGCAGCAUCAGCCACCCUGAUCUCACAUUAACUUGUCCUCAGCGGAGCUCCCUGUGAGCUCUUGCCUCCCCUCCCCACCUCCCAGGCAUCACUUUGCUCUCCCUGAAGCCCUGCGGACACCGAUAGCCCCAGCAGGGGUAAAUCCAGCCACUCCCGAGAGCUGGAAAGCAAAACCGGUUGCUCCACCAGGCUUGUCGCCCCGGCACUGCCACCGGGGCUGCACAGAACCGCUCCCAGUCCAGGGCUCCGGGCCAAGCGCCCUGACAGCAGCUUCCCCGUCGUGGGGGAGAAGAGAGCCCACCGGAUGGUUUUCUAUGGGAUUUCUAAGAAAAAAAUAAUCUGUGAAGUCAGCUCGGACAACUGCUGCCCCCGUCUAUCCGCAGGAGAUCGGAGCACCCCUGCCACACUUCUGCAAGACCCACCUUCUGCCCUCAGCCGUCCUCAACACCGCUAUUAAUUUUUAUCAAAAUGUGCAUUGCUUUUAUGCAAAGGAGGAAUUAAAAUCUAAGCCAGC